CGAAGACGCUGGGGUGGCCAAGCUGCCAGACGGAGGGGCGGCCAGCAUUCCACUCUUGGGGGCACGCAGGAUCUUAGACAGAAGGGUGCCUUUCCAUCCACAGCGCCUGCCAUCGUCAGGCCUACCUCCCAGAAGCUAGCUGCCCGUCCUGUGCCAGAUGAGAUUGCUGUGGAAGAUAAGAACCAUAAUGGAGCUCCACGACUUGCGUCGGAAUUGGGGGAAAACUUGAGCCUCACGUGGCAGUGGAAGGUACAGAGAAUGGAUGUUGUAUGAUGUGCAUACUGGAGAGGCACACCAUUGCAACAUUCAGUUCCAAGGGCAAGGCCAUCAAGCCCUUGGAAAUCGUCCAAAACCUCAAACGGAUCGCCAAACACCUGCAGUUUGGCAAACAGGAGGACGUGCACGAGUUUGUCUGCUGCAUCGUAGAAGCUCUCCACCUCUCCUGCCCAAUCAACCACCACAAGCCGGAAGAACAUGUGGAGAAGACCUCGGUGGUUCACCAGAUCUUCACAGGGCAGCUGAGAUCAACAGUGGAGUGCACGCAGUGUUCCUGCACCUCGGACAGAUUCGAAAACUGCCUGGACAUCAGUCUUCACAUCAACAAUUUCCCAGAUCUACUGGCUGCUUUUUCAGAUUUCACCAAGGCAGAGACACUAGAUGAAUACACUUGCCAAAGUUGCAAGGUGAAGGCCACAAAAAGGAUGAGCCUUCACCAUCUCCCGAACGUCUUGGCCCUCUCCAUCAAGCGAUGUGACCUGUUUGGAAACAAGAUCAAUCGGGAUUGCCCGUACCCACAGCACCUGGACAUGCGGCCAUUCAUGUCGCAGCAGGAGGAUGCAGACCCUGUAGCGUACAGGUUAUACUCGGUCCUUGUGCACUCUGGGAAAUGCAGCACAGAGGGACAUUACUACUGUUACAACAAGAUCUGCGAUGGGAGAUGGUUCCGGAUGGACGACGACUUGGUGAGGCCGGUUGACACCAGGGUGGUCAUCGAGAAACAGGCAUACAUCCUCUUCUACAUCAGGUGCCCAGAGAUGAAGACCAUACCCGUGUGCAGUCAAAUCAACGACGGCAAUGGGAAAUGGCAUCAAAAGAGGUGGCAGCGACGACCCCUGACCCCGGCGAUCAACCGUCAUCACUGAUGGAUGAUAUCACAAGGCCAUGUGUGAUGCCGUAGCCACGAAGCCGCUCUGCGGGCGCCCCACCUACGACUCCACCACCGCCAAGCGACGGCGACGACACGGCUUCCUCCUCACCAACCCCUCGCACAAACACACACACACCGACCCCCAUGUAGAGCCUCGCGGGGAAGCCACCUGGUCCACAGGUUUUCACCCAGGAGCCCCCUCGUAGGGGGAACAUUGACUAGGGAAUUGACUAAGGCUUUCCCCGGGCUGAAUUACCCUGUGGCGCCGUGAAUUAACGUGGAAAUGCACGAUCACGACGAGGCGACGCAGCCACCGCGGAUAGAAACGUACCCCGCACACGCGGAUCGGUGGGCAGGUAGUGAGGGGGGGCGGAGCCACGAACGGCGGGGAAAACGGGGUCGUUCCUCUAAUUGGUCGGGCACUUAGCGGCAAACUCAGAUGCGGACGUCGCUGAAAUCAACGGUCCAAGUGGGGCUCGGGUACAGGUGAGCGCUCUGAUUGGCGGGCGGAUCGGGCUCUUUGAUGUAGGUAAGGAUAAAAAGACGAUAGAAAGGGGCAGGGAGGGUCUUGCUUCUCGAGUUAGCCAUCGGGGCGGUCGUCUCUUCAGUCCAGCUAAUGGAACGUCCGUGUGACGAGUCGAAGUGCUGUGAGGACGGGCACACUGGAGCGUUGAACUGUGAGUAAGAGAGAGAGAGUUGAGAUUUAGCCUAAAAGCCAAAGCAGCUUAAAGUCCUAACAAACUAGGUAAAUCGGGAGAUAGUUUAAUCCUGCCUUGCCGAUUCCGACUGAUUCGGUGAGAGUGGCUCGCAGUCGCGCCGAUAAUAAAUAGUUAGUCACUGAUCACAGCCUCGUGUGAAUUCUGCGAGCGUGUGGCAAGCGCGUGGUGCUGUGUGUGUGUGCGC